ACGAGCGCAGUGGCAGCGACACGCUCAAAUGAGUACGGUCAGAAAAAAACCCUGACAUCCUACCUCCAUCCAAGAAGAUCACUAUUUAAACCCCCGUUUUCUGUGCCUUUUCUAUUUUUUGGGGUGCAAGACCGGUGGGAACAUAUUUAUUCAUUUUAAGCGCAUGAUGUUACUUCUGAUGCUGAUGUUGUCUGUGGUUUUAUUGGCACACAGUGAUGACGACUUCUGUUAUGAUGAAGAGCACUGUGAUCCAUAUGCAUGGGGAGACAACUACCCCUCUUGCCAUCCUCUUCUGGAGAGCCAUCACUCUCCGAUCAACCUGGACCAUCAGCUGAUGAAGAACGAUUCUUUGGACUCGCUGCACCUGGAGGGUUUUAAUUUGACUCAUAAAGGCCAAUGGUGGCUGACAAACCAGGGUCACUCUGUUGUGCUGGAGGUGGGUAACGGUAUGCAGGUGAGUGGCGGAGGGCUUCCUGGGACUUACCGCACAAUCCAGCUGCAUUUCCAUUGGGGAAGUGUCUCUUCAAACGGAUCAGAACACACUCUGGACCACCUGAGGUUUCCUAUGGAGAUGCACAUAGUCAACAUCAAAUCCACACAUCCGAACUUGACUUCUGCACUUGAAGACCCAACUGGACUUGCCGUGCUUGGCAUAUUUGUUGAUGUGUCAUAUCUGCAUAAUGAAAACUUCCAGUCCAUCUCAAGUGCACUUCCUUUUGUUGCCUACAAAGGACAAACAAAAUCGAUAAGACCAUUUCCUUUGGUAAAUCUGUUACCUCAGAACAACCUAACGCAGUAUUACCGUUAUCAUGGCAGUCUCACAACGCCGCCCUGUUCACAGGUGGUGUUGUGGACCGUGUAUGAAGUGCCUGUCCAUAUCUCAUGGGCUCAGUUUGAGCAGUUUGUAAACGGGAUAUAUUCCACGGUGGAAGAAGCUGUUGACCAGGUUCUCCUGCAUGACAACUACAGACACAUCCACCCAACCUACGGACGGUCCGUGUACGCUUCCAAAGACGCCAAGCUGCUCUCCAAUGGAGUGUCCUCUCUUGCCAUUUUUAAUGUUUUAAAUGUUCCUCUACUCCUUUUAAUUGUAAAAUAUUUAGCAUUUUGCUUAUAGCAGAAUGGCAGCAUUAAACAUACUUGUCUUGGACUAUUCAUGACACAUAAUACUGUGGCAAAAACAACUGCCCAAGCUAUUUAAAUUUUGAU